GCAGAUCCAAAUCAUCCAGAUGAUACGUUCGGAAGUCCAUUUCAUCUAGCUGUAGCCAACGCUAAUCCCCAAAAUGCAUCGGCUCUCAUUGCUACAAUGUUGCGAGCAGGUGCUGAUCCAAAUCUACGUGCAACAGAUGAAGGCUUAACUCCUCUACACGUAGCAGCCGCUUGGGCCCGACCUCGAUGCCUUCAACAGCUCAUUUCUCAUGGAGGAGAUCCCUCGAUAACAACAGCUUGUGGCCAAACUGUAUCCGAACUAAUUGAUGACAUUACCAACGACGACGAUCGAUCGAUAUGCAAAUCACUUUUCUCGUAUACACCAGAGAUUAAAUCACCAAAAUAUCAUCACAAUCAAAAUUUAGCGCGUAUAAAUAAAGAAGUUGCAAGUCUGGAAGUCACUAAUCUAACUGAAAACGACAGCUACAACGCUACAAGUGAAGCAAUUACCUUGCAACAAGAGGGCCCUUCUGACGAAGAAAUUUGGUCGAAUUAUGUAUCAGAUGGUAAUUCUAUAGAAUCAGAAAGUGAUACUAUCAUAUACGAUUGGAACGAAAUAUGCUCUCGUUUAUCAUUGGCGAGUAGUGAUCUGAGUAAAGGAAAUUUUGAAGAAGAAGUAGAAAUUCCUUCUGUUAUGUUAUCUUGGUCAAAUGACAAAAUUCGACAGGAGCUCAAAGAUUAUGGGGAAAUACCGGGACCGAUUACCGCAACAACUAAGAAAGUGUAUCUUACCUACAUCGUCAAAUUAAAGCAGCAAAUUUAUAAUCAAGCCGAUCCAAAUCGAAAGUGGCGAGAGGGAACCGCCAAGCAUUCGUUCAAUUACCUUUUAUUGGACUCACGUAUUACAAAAAAUCUACCUUCACGAAGCAAGGGAUGUAGCGACACCGAGCUGAUGAAAGAUUUUAUACGAGCUGUAUUCUACAUCGGUAAAGGUCAGAAAGCGCGGCCAUUUGCUCAUUUUUAUGAAGCUAUAAAAGCAACAGACUCUCCAGCUAAGAAAUCUGGAAAGAAAGUUGAGCGAAUCCAAGAAAUUUGGAAUGAAGGACUUGGUAUUAUAUCUCUCCAUUGCUUUCAAAGUGUCAUACCGGUUGAAGCUUAUACAAGAGAGGCAGCAAUGAUCGACGCUAUAGGUAUAAGUAAUUUAACUAAUGAAAGGAAAGGUGAUUAUUACGGCGUAGCUAGAACAUGGGUACACGUGAAACGGCGUAAAUUAGGAGCAUAUCUCUUGUAUCGUGCUAUGAAAAUAUUAUUAAAUGAAGGCGAGAGACCGCUA